AUGACCUGGCCCUUCAAGCUUCAAGCUUCAGGCUUCACCGAUACACCCCUAUCGCAUCACCGCCCAACGCGGGCUCAAUCCUUGGCGCGGACCCUGCAAUGUAAACCCAGUGGCAAGUCUGGACUCGCCGCGCCGGAGGACGACAUCGACGUCGAUGAGGACGGUGGUCGAGAGGAUGAGAGCGAGGGAGAGGAGGCGGACGGAGAGACUGACGCGGAUGUUGAUGCGGGGGAUGUUGCAGAUGGGCCGGCGUACGCCGGUAUUGGCAAUUGUUGGAUCGACGACGGCAAAGGCGCGUCUCCGGUACCGGACGGGCACACAAGCGAUCCUGCGUGGCCCAAGAUUGCUCCUGCUCGCUCGAGAGCGAUCUUACUUUCCCAGCGCUGCGGGCGGACGCAGCGCAAUCCUUAG